AUUCCAUCCUGGUACGGUUGGUACCACAGCACAGAUUGCUUGGUACCGUCCAUGCCAGAUAUAGUUCACCCAGUGAUUGAUCCUUCAUGGCUGAAGAUUUUUACUCAAGAUAUAGCAUGGACUAUGGAUAUGAAGGUUGUAUUGCUGCCAUGAGAGAAAAAGAAUUCCCAAAUUUAAACGGUAUAAGUGAAUUUAUAAAUUUGUCAAGGGGGGAGAGUGAAUAGGUUUGCGGAUCGGCAGGUUUUGGUCUAAAUUGCAUUGCGGAUUUCUCUACUUGUUGGGGAUUGCGGAUUUUCCUAAAAAUGGAUCUUCCUUGUAAUUUUAUAUUUGGGAUCGAUUUAUUCCUCUCUCGGACUCCAGAAUAUUUUUUGUUGGACUUUCUAUUGUUUGGCAUGAAAAGGCAGUUACCAAGUGUAAACAGAAAAAAAUAAAUGUUUCUCAUGGACAAUAAUACAACGUUAGGUUGAAUUCGAAACAAAAUUUUAAUGUCUUAUAGGUCUGGAUUUUGAGAAUAAUAAGGGUAGAUUGGUGGAUUUUAUAAAAAAAAUUGUCAGAUUAUUGGAUUUGCAUAACCCUAUUCAUCCCAACCUCUCAAACUGACCAUAUACCUUGGGUGCCAGAGGUUGUGCUAUAUAUAUGCUUGAAAAAUACUACUUCAAUAUAAAGUAUUUUGAGUGUUUUACAUUUAGGAGUCCACAGUGGAAGAACCUCUAAGCACACAGAGCAAAAUGAGUAAAUGAAGGUCUGCAGGGGUAAAAUGGGAGUUGGGAAUUUUCUAUUCUUUCAAGAAUGUGAUUGGGCAUCUUACAGGUGCACGAUUGCAAAACAGUCAAAACUAUAUUCAAAUAGAGACUAGAUUAACCCAUUAAUUUAUAUUUAAGUACAUACCAUUCUGCAAUGCAUGUGGCUGGUAAAUUAGUGUAAAUGUUAUUAAUAUUUUCACAUGAAGAAGUCACAAAGUCGCAACAUGCAGUACACAAUUUUAUACUCAAAAAACAAAAUGUGGCUGGCCAGCGGUAGAAAAAUGUGCAUCUUGAUGUGAUUACUGUAAGUAUAUUAAUGUCUGUGCAUCCUCAUGUUGACAAACCUGCCAAGAUUCCAGCAAGAUCUUGACAAGAGCUUGAAAUAAUAUCUAUUUUUUAAUUAUGCAAGAUCAUGGUAAGGCUAUAUUAGUAAGGUCAUAUAUAGCAAGAUCAGACAAGAUUGUGGAAUGAUCAAAUUGCAAACUUAAUCAUAUUGCAAGAUUGGGGCUUGAUCAUGGCAAGAUUGCUGUGGACAGAUCAUGGCAUGAUCCAUGCAAGAUCUUGUCCAGAUAAUGGGAAUUAUAUCAUUGAUGGUAAUAAAAGAUCAUGACAAGAUCAUGGUAAAAUCAUGAAUGACAAGUUCAGUAUAAGAUAAUGGCAACAAAUUCAUGACGUUUGAUCAAGAAUAAAUGAUUGCUAUCGAAAAUUGGACUAAAGAUCAUUGCAAGAUCCUGGCAAGACCAUGAUGAGAUUCGGGCAUGUCCACGGCAAGAUCAUGGAAAGAUCAUUGCAAACUUGGUCAUUACCAGAUCAUGGUGCUAUAUAUAGAUCAUAUCAAGAUUGUGGCAAGAUCAUGGCAAGAUCCCUGCCAAGAUCGUGUCGUACAUAAUGUGAUCAAUGGGAAGAUCAUGCUUAAGACUGAUCAUGAAAAAAUAAUGUUGAGGUCAUAGCAAGAACAUGGUAAGAUCAUGAAUGGCAAGAUCAGUAUUUAAGAUAAUGACAUUUUCAUGCAAGAACUGAAGAUCAUGGCAAGAUCCUGGCAAGAUCCUGGCAAGAUCCUGGCAAGACCAUGAUGAGAUCCUGGCAAGCCAUGGCAAGGUCCUGUUGUAAAACAUCUAGGACAUCUAGUUGUAAAACAGUCUGUUCCUUUAGUAACUAUGACCUGGGCUUAAUAGAUCAAUGCCUAGCCUAUGAGUUAUCAAAUUAAUGAAAAAUUCUCAUUUUAUUUCAGAGGCUGUGUACCUUGAUCAUACAGGAGCAACAUUGUAUGCCAAGUCUCAACUACAGAGCUACCAUGACGACCUACUGAAAAACAUGUAUGGAAACCCACACAGCAGUUGUUUGAGUAGUGAGAAGACUUCAUACAUGAUUGACGACGUCAGACAUGAAAUUCUUUCAUUUUUUAACACAACUAGUGAUGAUUACCAUGUGCUUUUUACAUUUAAUGCAACUCAUGGAAUUAAACUGGUAGCUGAGAAUUUUAAAUUUCAUACUGUGAAUGAUUCUACAAUCAUGUCUAACAGCUGGUUUGUCUACCUUCAGGAUAGUCAUACUUCUGUUGCAGGUAUACGUGCGGUUGCUUUAGAAAAAGGAGUCAAUAUUAGAAUUGUUGAUUACAAAGAAUCAUCACAAGAGACAUUGUCUGUUACUCUUCAAAACAAAAGCAAUAUAAUUAACAGUACAGUAAUUAACAAUCACAGUUCCAUCAAUGGUGAUGUAAGUGAGAACUUGCCAUCUGAUAAUAUACCUAAAAAUUUAUUUGCAUUUCCUGCUAUGAGUAAUUUUUCUGGACAUAAAUACCCAAUGGAAUGGAUUUCUUCUGCGCAAAACAAAGGCCUAUUUUCGAACGAAUUUCCAGGAAAAUGGUUUGUACUGUUAGAUGCAGCGUCUUUUGUUAGCACUUCAGAACUUGAUCUUAGUUCGUAUCAUCCUGAUUUUGUACCAAUUUCAUUUUACAAACUGUUCGGAUUUCCUACCGGAUUAGGAGCUCUGUUGGUGAGUGUGAGGGGAGGAGAGGCAUUGAGAAAAACAUAUUUUGGUGGAGGAAGUGUUUCUGCGUAUUCUAGUGAUACUGAUUUUCACGCUUUUAAACCUUCCCUUCAAGACAGGUACGUCUUUUCGGACACAAAGCACAGCUUUUUAAUUCUCGCUUCAUUGAAUGACUGUAUGCAUGAUCUUAUGAGUUAUGGCAUAGACAGGACAGAACGUGGGGUGAUUUUGAUGUAUCGGAACAUGACACUGGGUAAAAAUGAAAAGUGAAAAAGCUAGAAAAAUGGUGUAAAAUCCUGUGGCUUUAUUUUCCUGUUAUUGUUUAAUUUACACUAUUCGUAGUAAAAUAAUACACUUUUUCUGAAUCAUAAACCGCGGCUUAUUUCCAUACGUCUAAAUCAUCCCAUCUUUCAUCCCGUGCCGGGAAAGCGGGUGUAUCUUACAAGACCUUACAUUUUUGCGAGUGUCUUUCCUCAGAUUUCUUCUGGAUACAGACAACCUGGCUUAUCUACAAUUGGAGAUUAGAAGAACAACAUUUACUGUGAUUUAUACCUCUACUUCUCUUGUCAAUCUUUGACAUGUAUAUUUGGUUCCAUUAUGUCAUUUUAGGCACAAAGAUGGAACACCACCAUUCUUGGAGAUUCUGGCCGUACGACAUGGCUUUCAAUCUUUGCGCAAACUUACAACAUCAAUGGAUCUUGUGACUAAACACACUUUUUGUCUUGCUCAUUACGUUUAUAAUAAGUUGAACGAAUUGAGACAUUUCAAUGAGCGUAAUGUUUGUGAGUGUUAUUGUGAUACUGAGUACAAGUCAAGUUCUGUUCAAGGUCCAAUUGUCAACUUUAAUGUUUUGAGGUCAGAUGGAAAUUACGUUGGUUAUGCAGAGGUAGGAUGCUCGUAGUUUUACACAUGCAAAGUCCACUUAUAGACAAAUUUGGCUAACGUUAUUUAUCUUUAGUUGUCAAGAUUAAAAUUGGCUCGACUUGUUUGCUAUUUAAACCUAUCUUCUUUCAUUUGCAGGUAUCCAAACUGGCAAUUAUCUACCAUAUCCAUUUGCGGACUGGAUGUUUCUGCAAUGUCGGUGCCUGUCAGUAUUUCCUCAGGUUAAGUACACCACAGCUGCACAAACACUUUGAAGCUGGUCAUGUGUGUGGAGACAGUAUCGAUAUUAUUGAUGGUCAACCUACUGGAUCUAUCAGGAUCUCGUUUGGUUAUAUGUCAGAUUUCUCUGAUGCCGAAAAAUUUCUUAAUUUUAUUAAAGAUUGUUUUGUUGAGCAAGUUGGUAAUACUUGUAAUGAAACUAUACGGAGUUGCGCUGCGGAAAACAAUUGCCAUCUGAAAAGAUUGUUUAUCUAUCCAGUUAAAUCAUGUGCAGCUUUCGAGGUAAAUAUGGAUAGUUUUGAAUUAUUUUUUUUGUGUUGGUGUUGUGUACUCAUGCAGGUGAAUAAUAUGUUUGCGAUGUUACUCUGAGUGCAUAUCCACACCGGGCGAGCUUGAAAAAUAUGCCCGGCCACGGCAUAUGGAUAGUUUUGAUGUGAUGUCACUAAAUUCUAAAAUUAAUGUUACACAGCUGUUAAUGUUACACACAUGUUCCAUGUAUCGUUAUUAACGACUGUUCACCAAACGUUUUAGUCGAAACUAUAGACCUUUUUCGUAUAAUGACGUUAAACGCUGAGGCCGGUUGUAUAAAAAAGUGAUUAAAGUUAACUAUGAUUAAAUGCAAACGUCAUCCAAUAAGAAGCGCCUAUAUUUGAGAGUUAAUCACUAUUUAACAACAAAAUAGUAAUUAAAAAAGUGAUUAAGAGUUUUAUACAACUGGCCCCAGAUAAACACUGUCCCACAGGACAAUUUUAAGAACAAAUUGCCAUGAAAACGUCACUAAGCCAAUCAAAUUUCAUAUAACAUCAUUUGCAUUGUGAAUUGUAGCUAAAAUUUGGCCCAUAGGAUACCGCAUUAAGUGUUUACCAGUGUUUGACGUCAUUAUAUGAAAAAGGUCUAUUGUUUUCUUGAGUUAAAUUUUGAAAGUAUAACUGCUGGCAUUAGCUUUAUUUUCAAAAACUAUAAUUGAAGCUAUGUUAUACACACAAUUUGGUUUUAAUAUACUUAUUUAAGAUUAGGAUGUCCAAUCCAAGCUUUUAAAACAACCUAAACAGUUUGGUUAAAACUCUCCCUUAUAAUUAGUAGCAUUUGAUUUUUGCACCAUGUACAGGUAUGUUAGUGCACAAGUACCUACCAAAUUAAUGUAACAAGGUGGGCAAAAGCAAGCGCUCAAAUAGAGCCGCAUAUUAACCCAAAUGUUUUCAAUGGACCUUUCCCCUUAUAACUAAAAUUUUGAUCUAGACAAGUCUAGACAAAAAUUUCAUCACAGCGUGAAAGAGCAUCACAAAAUUAGUAAUAUUCCGAAGUUUCGUUGCGAAAUGUUGUAAAAUGCGGAUAAUAUAGCCCUGCGAAAUUUGCAAUUUUCAGUCAUUUUGUAUUACAAACGGGAAAUUGAUGCCCCAACACCCGAUUGGGCUGUCAAUUUCCCAUGCGUAAUACAAAAUGACUGAAAAACGGCAAAUUUCACAAGGCUAUAUAUAUUAUCCGCAUUUUACAACAUUUCGCAACGAAACUUUGGAAUAUUACUAAUUUUGUGAUGCUCUUUCAAAUUUUUGCCUAGAUCAAAAUUUUAGUUAUAAGGUGAAAGGUCCAUUCAUAUCCAUGUUCAACUUAUUCAGGUUGAGGAAUGGGACUUGAACGAGAAAGGAUUGUGUUAUGACAGGGAAUGGUUGAUUGUUAAUGAAUCUGGAUCUUUCAUCAGUCAAAAGCGACAACCACGUUUAUGUUUCAUCAAACCAUACAUUGGUUUGAAAGAAAAUGUUUUACGACUGCAAGCACCAGGUAAUACAAAAUGAAUUCUGAUUCUGAUUUGCAUGAUAUAAGUGAAGUUAACCAAUAAUGUACAUGUUACACAAUUUUAUAGGUUUAAAUUUUAACAUGUGGCUAGAAAACACUCGCGUGUGCUAAUUAGUUCCGACGAAUCAGCUCUUAUUUGUGUUUUGGUAGACGUCAUGAUCCCUAAGAAAAAUUUAGGGACACACCUGCAACAUUUGGAACAAUUAGUCCCGUUACAAUACUGGUCUUUUACGUAUAAUUGACCUAGAAAUAACCCUAUUUCGGUUAACUUAAUAUCCCUGGUUAAAUUUCCUAUCAUAGUCUAGGUAAUGUAACCAGGAAUCUGGUUAUAUAUUUGACCAGGACGUCCCAGUUAAAAAAUUAACCAGAUUUUGUUGGGUGGAUAAAUAACCAAUUGGUCCCUAGCUAGUUAUUUAUGUCCGACCGUUAUUUCAGUCUCUGAUAGAUUGAUUUUUGUGGAAAUACGACUUUUAUUAUUUAUCGGUGGAAAUAGUGAUAGUAUAAAAAUACUUUUUGUUUGUGGAAACACCACGUAAAUUUAUUACUGCAAAGCUUUCGAUCCGCGGAAGCCCGGAUCUUCAUCAGUGCGAAUAAUAUACCAUGCAAACUUACAAAGAGUGAUAGUAUUAUUAGCAGUGAAUUAUUAAAAGUGGUGUUUCCACAAGAAUUGAUAAAUAAAACACAUCGCCAUGCAGCAUAAUUACUAAAGUAUGUCACUGUAUAAUUACUAAUCUAUUUUGUUUCCAUGAUAAAAUGAAGAAAUGCCCGAGUUAGUGCUUCCACUUCGCAUGUCAACUGGGGAAAUGAACAGUUUAAUAAUCCAACCACGGAUAUGUGGAGCUAAGUAAGUUUAUUUUACAAUUACAUUGUUAUGCCCUAACCUAAUAAUUAAGAGUUUUCAGGCAGUGUUUCUUGGUAUUUUUUUCAAUAUAGAGGAUUAGAGGUUUCAAAGACACUUAAAACAGAAAGAAAGAAAGAAAGAAAGAAAGAAAGAAAGAAAGAAAGAAAGAAAGAAAGAAAGAAAGAAAGAAAGAAAGAAAGAAAGAAAGAAAGAAAGAAGAAAGAAAGAAAGAAAGAAAGAAAGAUAAAGCAAAAAUGAUGUUGAUAUACAAAUCAUUACUGUAAAUAAAAUGAGUCACUCACAAAUCAUUUUACAUAUAUAAAAGUGCAUGAGAUAACAAAUCCUCAUCAUCCCAACAUCUCCAUGCAGUAGUCUUUCUGUAUACCAAAACCGCGUACAAGUAAUAUACGAAAAAAGAUUCAUGUAUAAAGAAGAAUAGUACCUUAAAUUGAAAUUCGGUUCGAAAAGAAAUUAGGAACUUUCCUGAGUUUCCUCCUUUCGAAAGAGAAUCGCUAUGUAAAUGUAUUAAAUAGAUAUAUCCAUAUAUAGAUUAGUUAUCUUAAUACUAUAUGUUAUAUUGAAUCUUAUAAUAACAUCUUCUAUUUUAAUUCUAUAUUAAUUUUUAUAUCUAGUAAUUAUCUCGUAAAUGCUAUAUUUGUGCAAUUCUUUUGUACACGCCCCUCGUGGAAAUCAGCUUCGGUUGACGGGGUCAGCAUGACUGUUUAAAUAAAGUUUUCAUUCAUUGAACCAAAAUUGCCAUAUUUGGCCUUUUAUUUGCAGAGUAUCGGGAAUUGAUUGUGGUGAUGUUGUCUCAAAGUGGUUGACAUCAUUUCUAAAACAAAAAUGUCGUUUAAUAAGACAAAAUCCCAACGUCAUCAGGAGAAACAAUUUGAAUGAAGGUAUACCUAUAUAAAAUGUCAAAACUAGUUUUCCUAUCAAUUGCUGGAUUUCAUAAAGCGUCACAUGAGGGCAGCAAAUCAUGGUCAUGCAACUUCGGAAAUCUUGCCCUUGAUUGGAGCAGUCAAAUAGGUCAUUUCUAAUAAGGUGAUAAUGAGACUUGUGGCAACCAUCUUGGUGUGGCUUCAUUAGUUAUUAAUGGUAUAUUUAAUAGGUUCGAUUCCUGCCAGAAGGCUAAAAGUUGCAUUUUUCGCAGCUGUUCCUGGUAGAGCUGUGCAAACUUCGGUUAUUUUAGCUCCGGCUACGGCAGUCAAAACUCCGGCUCCGGCAAGGAAUUUUUAAGGAAAUUUCAUAUUUAAAAGUGGAAGCAGGCGAAAGUAUUUCAGUGUAAUUUCAGAAUUUAUCUUUUUUAAACACCUUUUUACAACACUAUUAAUAGUAAACAACAUAGUAAUAUAUAGUAAAACAAUACAUAAAUAGUAAUAUAUUAGUAAACAACAACUUAAUUUUUCCAUUUAAUACCAAAUGUUCAUUGAAAUAUGAAAUAAUUUUUCAUAAUUUUGUCUGCCGGAGUUUUUGCCGGAGUUUUCCAACUCUGGCUCCGGCAAAAUAUGCCGGCACUCCGGCUCCGGCGCGCAGCUGUAGUUCCUGGUUAGGUCUAAAAUUGUAUAUAAUCUUCCGCUCAAAAUUUCCAUCUCCAAAAACCUUUCAACUAAUUGAUCUUUAUUAUUCCAUGAUUAUAGAUUAUUUCAGCCAGGCUCUUUCCCUUGCAAAUAAUUCUCAGUUGGUUUACAUCACUGAAGCAAGCUGUUUGGAUCUCCUAGACAACAUCAAAUCCCUUUUUCCUAAUGGAGAGGUAUGAAGCCGAAGGAAGAUGUCUGUUUUCUAUCAUGUAUAUAAAUAACUACGAGGUUUAUAUAUACGAUGUUUCCAACUCUCAUAUAGACAUGUGAAUUGACAGUGGAAACGCUGAUUCAGCGAUUUCGACCCAACUUGGUUAUUUCUGGAGUUGACGCUUAUGAAGAAGAAUUCUGGAGUUCUGUUACAAUCGGUAACUGUGAAUUUCAGGUACAUUUCUAUAUUUGUCGUUGUUUGUACAUGUUACUGAACUGACAGACUUGUAGUUGAUUCAAACCUGUGUACUGACAUGAAAGUACAAGUGAAAUAUCUUUACUAAUAUCUUUGUAAUAAUGCUUGGCAACUGGACUCUGUAGCUCAAUUGUCAGAGCGCUGCACCGGAAUCGCAGGGCCACAGAUUCGAUCCUGCCAGAGGGCCUACUGCAUGAUUGCACAUUCGCAGCUGCUCUCGGUCAGGUUUAAAAAUGUGUAUAAUUUGCGUUCGAAAUUUCUAUCAACAAAACCCUUCAACGCUUAACCAACAACUUUACAUCCAAUUUUAUUCAAAUGAAAAUCGGAUGUUUAAUUGGUCAAACUUGGAAUAUUCCUUGCCACAACUAAAAUCAUAGUCUAUAGAAGUUUAAUAUUAAAAUAAUUCAUAUUGUUGAAGCACAAACCUUUUUGCGUACCUUUUUUAGUGUUGUGGUGUAUGUUUUCGCUGUCAGAUGAUUUCUGUUGACCCACAGAGUGGAGAACGAUCCAAAGAGCCAAUGAGAACGCUGGCCAAACUAAGAGGAAGCAAGGUUUGAGAAUUUGUUUAAUUCUUUCAGAUGACUCAGUCGUUACUUUCCUAUGGUUUACUGGUAUGUAAAAUUAUAACUGACUAUAUACAGCUGGUUCAAUUAAUGUUAUCGUUUCAAAAUCAAAACUAGUCAGAGGAGUUCAGAUUUGACUUCCACUGCCGCUACCGCUAUACUAUUAAUGGACUAUCAACCAAUCAGAUGCGUUUGAUACAGUAUAUCCCAUUAACCAAUCAGAUGCGUACUAUAAGCUAGCGAGAGGUAGUGCAUGGUAACAAUUUAGUGGAAGUCAAAUCUGAACCUCUCUAAUAAUAAACGCAAAAACCUCAACCUAUGAGAUUGAAAAGCACAAUGUCAGUGGACGUGCAUAUCUAAUGGCGUAUAAAUGCGGCAUGGCAGUUGUGCACGGUUUUGCAAAAUAGUAGGACAAAGUAGAAACAUUAAGAAAGAGGCUUGACCACGCAUUGACCUGAUUAAAAUAACUCUAUAAUUCAGUUCUUGUAACUGCGAGAGAGUUUGAAUAAACCAUUACUAUUAUUGACGUGUUUUUCUCGCUUGGAGGACGAAGUUUUGCGGUUGUGAGUUUUGGCGUUCAGAGGAGAACGUUAAAGGAAUUUGCCAUACUACACAGUACGAGCCAGAGAAACGUCUGAGGCGAUGAUACGACAGCAGUUCGUGACAAAUAAAAGUUUAGUCCUAGCAGAAGCUGCGUAUGCUGCAUGAUUCAACUGGAAGGAAAGCAUGAAGGAAAUCAUAUCAUGAAAUAUUCUGAAUAGGAGUAAAAUAGAUACCUUGACGAAUAUCUUUCUUUGUAUGUUUAGAUCCCAUUUGGUGUUCAUUUGCAGCAGAUAUUAUCCGAAACAAAAAUGCAGCUUCGUGUUGGAGAUGUUGUUGCAGGUCAAAAUGAGCUGACAUAAUCCGCCUCGUUUUAGUGUUAGAGGAAAGUGUAUUAUGAAGAAUAAUGAGUGACAAAAAUACUAAAAUACUAAUAUGUAUAUGUUACAUCUAUGUAGCGGUAAGUCAAUGAAUUCAGGGGUUAUCGAAUGUACCUCUUAUACACAAUUUUUUUGUCAAGAAUGCACUCUGCAAAUUAAAAAUAAUUGAUUAAAUUUAGAAAUUUAAUGUAGG